GUUUACUUGCAUUUCUUUUCCUGCAAAACUUCUGCGAGAAGCUCCAUUGUGCAUUUUCUGUUCGUGAACUACGGUAACAACUGGGGAUCUCUACAUCAAAUCUUUCGAAAUCGAAAUCAGGUACUGUACCCGAACUUCUGAUUUUUGAGUUAAUCGAAGUGUCUCUCUCCUUUCUCCCUUUCUGUGAUUGAUUUAGAGUCCUCUGAAGGAAGUUAGGGUUAGAGGCGAGAAGGAUCUUGAAUGUGCAACAACGGGGGUUUUUUUUUUUAAAAAAAGAUCCUGACUUAUUCCUCCCCCCUACUUCGUGCAGAGUUUGAGAAAAUGUCGUUAGAAAGAACACAAAGUAUAGUAGGGAGUGAGGUGGAGCCCCUGGACUAUGGGAGGAUGGACACAGAGAGUAGUCCAUCUCCAACUAGUUCGGAGGAAACAGUGGAGGGGGUGAGAGGAGAUGAGGUGGUGGAGGUUGGGGGGGUGAGGUGGCAGAGGUUGGGAGGAAUGAGGAUGGACACAGAGAGUAGUCCAUCUCCAACUAGUUCGGAGGAAACAGUGGAGGGGGUGAGAGGAGAUGAGGUGGUGGAGGUUGGGGGGGUGAGGUGGCAGAGGUUGGGAGGAAUGAGAAAUGCAGAGAUAGUGGAGGAAGUGAAGCAGUACCGAUCUGAACUAAGGACCAGGGAUGACCUGUGUCACUUAGUAGAAACGUACGAGAUCUCUUCUCGAGUGUUAGUUAGGCCAGCUGGGGUAGAGGAGAGGGCGUGCUCUGCUCCUCGGGAUCACUGGAUGCCUGUGUAUUCCCACUAUUUGUUUGCGGGACUCAGGUUUCCACUUCCUGAGUUGCUAAUAGGAAGUAGGAGGGAUAAGGGGUGGUAUUAUUUCACCCCUAGGGUAGCUAAGAAGGAGAAUAGGACUUUAUUCACUGCGGGUCCUUCAUCCAUUAAGGGAUGGAAGGAGAAAUUCUUUUUUGUGGAUGACACGGAGUGGGGGAAAGGGGAUGACACGGAGUGGGGGAAAUGGGAUGCCGAGGUGAGGGCGUUAGCCUCCUGGAAGGCCAAAAGGGCCAACCAGAAUAAGUUUAGCUUGAAUGAGGAUGAGGAGGAAGAAGUGGGAAAGUUGGUGAGGGAGGGGGGAGAUGUGUUGAACAUCAUGGACCUCACCAGCGCAGCAUGCAUAGAGGCUGCUGAGCUCUAUGGGCCAAGCGCUCUGAGUGAAGCUGACAUGAAUCAAUUUUUGAAUACUGUUGGAGGGAAGGCCAUCCCCAAGAAGCCAAGGAAGAAGUCAAGGACUUUAACUAAGCAAGUGGAUGAGGGGAGAGCUGGGAAGGAGGUGGUGCCCCUGGCUUCAGUUGAGACGGAGGACGAGGUGCCACCGUUGAAGAGGAAGGGUUGGGAGGAGAGGAGGGCAGCGGAGAAGAAGCAGAAGGUGGUGGAGGAGGGGAGGGGGAAUGAGGUACCUGAGUUCGUACCUCAGCCUCCUCCUGUUGAGCUGAACCCUGAGCUCAGACGGUUGGAGGAGGGGGCUGAGGUACGAGCUCCUGGCAAGGGAAAGGGACCUAUUCCCCCACUGGGGCCUCAGAGCAGCCUGUUCGAGGCGAAUAACAUGACGGGGGCUAGGUGGUUCAUCAACAACACCUUCCCCGAAGCGGACCAAAGCUUCGCACGGGAGGAAGCUCUGAGGUAUGGUGGAGCGUCCGUGGUGAGGCACGUUCUAGAGAGCGCGAGCUGGGUGAAUGGUCUAGCCCAAGAAUUCAAGGAGAGCCUGAAGGACCGCGCACUCUUGCAGAGGCAGUAUGACCAACUGCAGAAGGAGAAGGAGGAGCUGGAGAAGAAAAAUAAAAAGCUGCAAGAGUCUCUGAACGAGGUGGUUCCAACUGUGAAGCAGUUGGAACAGGAGAAGGUUUCCCUGGGCACCAAGCUCGGCUUUGAAGAGACGAAACGAAAGAUCUCUGAAAGCGAGCGUGAGGCUUUGGCACAAGAAUUAAAGCUGACGAAGGAGGCUUUCUUGGAGCUGAAGGGAAAUGUGCAGACCUUGGUGCACAAUGGGAUGAAGGAGCACAUCGGCAACUUCAUCAGCUCCAGCUCGUUUGACAACAUCGUCAACUUAUACCGACUGCCUACUGCCAUCAUCGCAUUCACGGACUGCAGGAAGAAGGUGAAGGCAGAAUAUCCUGAAGUGGAUAUUACGAAGAUCACCUUCGGAGAGCAAGAAGAAGGAGUGGAGGAAGAUGGUGAGAGCAUGUCAGCAGACUUCCGUCCUCAGAUCAAACUGAGGUGGGAGGAUGAUGCAAAUGGACGUGCUGUUUUCCCUCCACAAUUCGACUUCGAGUUCAUGGCAGUGGAGGAGGAAGGGGCAAAGGUAGAGGAAGACGAGGUGGAGGCAGGAGUAGAAGGAGCUGGAGUGGAUGAGAGUCAACCAAUUCCAGAGGUGGAGAUUCAUCCAGUUCCUUCUGACGAUGAGGAGCCUCCUCUGCCAGACGAGCAGCAGCCAAGACAGCCACCUCUUCCAGCUGAAGAGGAGCCAGUGGAGCCACCUCCUCCAGCAGAGAACUAAUUUUGAUUUUUGAUUUUUUGUAAAGACAGUUAAACAUUUUGUAAUGUUGUUAUAAUGUUAAAUGAAAAUUCAGUUUUGAAAUUAGAUGUGUUUAUGUUUGUUUUAUAAUUUUUGUUAUUUUUUAUGAAUAAAAGAACUUAGAGUAC